AUGCCACGACGGGGAACAGCUUUCCGCUGGCCAAUCUUCAAGCUCGACCGACUCCAUCCUCGUGUCCCUUGCCUUGCGGCUCCCGAUCUGCUUGGUCCGAGUCAAGAUGGUUUCCGUCCUUCCCGUCGUGGGGAGGUCUGGGAUGUUUUGUUCGAGGGGGUGGGAAGAAAGGAGUCCAGCAGGGAACGAUGGACGAAGAUCAUCGCUGUCGUCCGUGGUGACUCCAAGGUCACCGGCUCCGUCGUCUUCGAGCAGGAGUCCGAGUCCGCUCCCACCAAGAUCACCUGGGACAUCACCGGUAACGACGCCAACGCCAAGCGUGGCAUGCACAUCCACACCUUUGGCGACAACACCAACGGCUGCACCUCUGCCGGCCCUCACUUCAACCCCCACAACAAGGGUCACGGCGCCCCCGAGGACGAGGACCGCCACGUCGGUGACCUCGGCAACAUCGAGACCGAUGCUCAGGGCAACUCCAAGGGCACUGUCACCGACAAGCACGUCAAGCUGAUCGGCCCCCAGAGCGUCAUCGGCCGCACCGUCGUUGUCCACGGCGGCACCGACGACCUCGGCAAGGGCGAGAACGAGGAGUCCAAGAAGACUGGCAACGCCGGUCCCCGUCCCGCCUGCGGUGUUAUCGGUAUCUCCAACUAA